GAAAGCCGGUAAUCCCCCAAAUCCCCGCCCAUCAGACCAUCAUCACACUUUAAAACAAAUAUCGCAACGAGAGCGCGUGAAAGGUUAGCGAUCUAUCUAAUUCUAAUCUUCUUUGCCGCAUAGAAAGAGCGCCUCUAGACGGUUUUCUUCGUCGCGACUCGUCACCAUUUGGUUUGGGGGCCUCCGUUCGAGGAAGCGUCGUCGCCCUUUAAUUUUUAUCCCUCGUUAUCGGUAAGACUCCACCAUCACUCCUGAUUGCAAAUAAAACUUCAAUCUCAAAGGAGAAAGAGCGAGAAGAUUUGUCGGGUGAUUUCUCUUUUCCGCUGGAUCUUCGAUUCUUCGUUUUGCAUUUCCGCUUUCUAGGGUUUCUUUCUAUCUUUUCCCCUCUUCGCUCUCUGUGAUUUCUGAUAUCAAAGGUAGAUUAGUUUCUACCUGCAGAGCACGAGAGGAGAAGAUCCGUGGUAUUUGUCUAGGACAUCCAUUUAUUGUAAUUUAGAUGUUCGAUCGCGUGGUUUUAUAAUGUUUCGAGUCAGUUCGCGUCAGUCUAGGGUUUUCUAAGCCCGGGGAAAUAGAGGUUCAAGCGGUAUUGCUGUUUUCCGGUUAGGGCUUUCUGGUUGAUUGUCAAGGGUUUUUUGCUUUGCAUAAGUUGGGUUCCUAUCCCCCCUUCUUUUUAUAUAUUGGUAGUUAUUUGUGACUCGUGGGCAGCGGAACCCGACUAUAUGGCAGCAGGAAGGGAUGGGGGCUACCGUGAUAAUGAAUUCAGAGACCGCGAGUAUAUCAAGGCUUCGAGGAGGAGGGAAUUUUAUUACUCAACAGAAGAAAGCGAUUACUAUCACAUCAACAAACAUGAUCGUGGAAGUGGUCGUAGUCGUAACCUUGAACGAGGGAAGGAACGGGAUGCCAGAGAUAGGAUUAGAGUUAGACAGAAGGAUAUCAAGGAGAGGGAAGUAAUAAAUGGUGGCUACCGUUCUUCUUCCAGCACGAGCAAUUCAGGCAGCACUGGCAGUGGCCACAGGCGAGGUGGGGUUUCUGUUAGGAUGGCAGAACGCGAGCCAGGUGAGUUAUCAAGUGGAAGUGGAUCUGAUGGUGCCAUUGCAUCUGAAUCACAGGUUAAAGAUGUGGAGGUUUCAAAGCGCGAAAAUGGGGCUAGCUCACCCACGGGUAAGAAGAGGAAAUUCUCUCCAAUUGUAUGGGAUAGAGAAGAGAAGGAUAUGAGCAUUUUACCUGAAAAUAGGGUCGCUCCAACAAGCGCCCUGCCACCUCUGCCUACCAUGCCUAAAUCUUACCGCCAGUCACCAAAUCUUGUUCCUGAAGCUGAAGGUAGUAAACAGGUUUCUCCUAUCAAACCUAAUGGACUUCGUAGCAUGCCUUCUUCACCAGUCAAGGAAACAGUUGCACUUGGUUCGAUGGCCUCUGUUGCAUUUGAUUUUUCAGCAGGUUUUUCCUCAUCCCCCCAGGAGCAGCACUGGAGCAAUGACCUAGAACCGGGGCAGCUGGAAGAGGAGGAUUUUGUUCCAACACGAAAUAUAUCUGCAUCACGAUGGGCAGAUGAGAUUAGUUCCCUGGGAAAUGAAAGCGAAGUUUCUGAUGAUGAAGACAUGCCUAAGAGGAGGAAAAAGGCAGGGUCAGUGGAAAAUAGAUUAAACAUGAAAACAUCAAGUCCUGAGCUUGGGGAGCUGACAAGAGAGGGCUCUGAAGGGUCUCGAGCUAAAUCAUCUGAUUCCGAUGGAGGAGGCCAAACAAGACUUGCCAGUGGUGGUGAACACCCUGAAAAUGAGUUGGAUAAGAAUGAUUUCGUGGAGAUGAAUGAUGAAUCUGAGAACAGUGGUGCCAGUGAUCACCAGUUGGAUACAGAUUCUGAGAUGGAGAAUGAUUCCCGCAAGACCCCAGAGCCUUCUAUACCACCACAGAGAAAUAUAAACAUGCUUCAUGGGUGCAGAAGUGUUGAUGAAUUUGAGAGACUCAACAAGAUAAAUGAAGGUACGUAUGGUGUUGUCUAUAGAGCCAGGGAUAAGAAGACAGGGGAAGUUGUGGCCUUGAAAAAGGUGAAGAUGGAGAAAGAAAGAGAAGGCUUUCCUUUGACCUCUCUAAGGGAAAUAAAUAUUCUCCUGUCAUUACAUCAUCCAUCAAUUGUGGAUGUCAAGGAAGUAGUUGUAGGAAGUAACCUUGAUAGUAUUUUCAUGGUUAUGGAGUACAUGGAACAUGACCUUAAAGGGCUGAUGGAGGCGAUGAAACAGCCUUUUAGUCAAAGUGAAGUAAAGUGUCUGAUGCUGCAACUUUUAGAGGGUGUCAAGUAUCUUCAUGACAAUUGGGUGCUCCAUAGGGAUUUGAAAACAUCAAAUAUUCUUUUCAAUAACUGUGGUGAGUUGAAGAUCUGUGAUUUUGGGUUGUCUCGGCAAUAUGGGAGCCCAUUGAAACCCUAUACUCAUUUGGUGGUUACUCUAUGGUACAGGGCACCCGAAUUACUACUAGGAGCCAAGCAAUAUUCCACAGCUAUUGACAUGUGGUCGCUGGGUUGCAUAAUGGCUGAACUUUUAGCUAAAGAACCAUUAUUUAAUGGGAAAACUGAAUUUGACCAGCUUGACAAAAUUUUUAGAACUCUUGGCACACCCAAUGAGACGAUAUGGCCGGGAUUUUUGAAAUUGCCUGGGGUCAAGGUCAAUUUUGUUAAGCAUCAGUAUAACCUUCUCCGUAAGAAAUUUCCAGCCACAUCUUUCACUGGAUCUCCAAUACUCUCUGAAUCUGGGUUUGAUUUGUUGAACAAGCUUCUAACUUAUGACCCUGAGAAGCGGAUAACUGCAGAGGCUGCCCUUAAUCAUGAAUGGUUCCGUGAAGUUCCUCUUCCAAAAUCAAAGGAUUUUAUGCCAACAUUUCCUGCUCAACAUGCUCAGGACAGGCAUCUAAGAAGAAUAAUGAAGAGCCCUGAUCCACUAGAAGAACAACGGAGGAAGGAGUUGCAGCAAGGGGAAUUGGGCAGUGGUGGCUUGUUUGGCUGAGAGAGUUGAAUGGGUAUAAGGUCACAUUUGAACUCCCUUUCUCAGAUUUUGCAUCAAAGGUCACCAUUAGAGGAUGCAGUUGAGGUGAGCAAUGUGUCUUGCAUGUCGAGUUGCGCAAACUCUUUGAGGUGAUCACUUGUGCUGUUGCUUAGCAGGCACCUCUGGUGAUUUGGCUGGACAGAUGUAUUCUUUUGUUGUUUCCUGCCAACUAAACAGUCACAGGAUAUUUUUUUUGUCCUCGACCAUUGAUGAUCAUAAAAAGUGCAUCCUUUUUCCCUGCUUGGGUCGCAAGGUGUGGCAUAGUGGAAUUUCUUUUUCAGUUUCAUUUGAAACUUAUGUAACAUAUUUUUCAUUGGCACAUUGUAGACAUGCUCCUAAAAUCUGGCUAUAUCUACCAGAAUAGAAUGGAUUUACUGCCUAUUUCCAGUUCUGUUUCUUUUAAUCUUCACAUUGUGUUUGCAAGAGACGAUUGGUGUGAAGUGGAGGGAUGUACCUUGCUUUUCAUACCUGAAGAAUUGACUGAAAAUGUUGCACUUCAUAGUUCAUAAGUUUAAGUUGUGGCUUCCUCAAAAAAAAGUGUGAAGCUUUGAUGGUUACUAACCUGAGCAGUAUGCACGUAAUGAUCCAGUCCUUGAAGCUCCUUUUUUUGGCUGGAAGCAUUUGGUCUCGUGGUGCAUGAAUCUAUGGUAGUACCUGUGUCAAUGUGGCUCCUCGAAUGUUGCUCUAUUAGGUUCAUGCUUCGUGGCACAAUUCUUUUAUUAGGUGGGCUUUUGGUCUGGAUAACUAAUUCCUGAAAAAUGCUAGAUGUUGCACUGGUGCAAUCUUUUUGUUGCAUAUUCUGUCUCUCUGGUAUCAAUUAGUUCAAGAUUUAGAUUGCUUUAAUCUUCUGAGAUACCUAUCUGCAAAUGUUGUUGCAGUAUCAAAGUAAGCAGGUUGAGGAGGUUAUUUUAUAGGACUUAAAUUGUUUUUUGGUGCUGCAGCACUGGUUUUUUUCAGAUGUGGCAAAAUAGAGGUACCAUUACAAAAUUUGGUUUCUUAUUUGGAACAGUGUUAGACUCCUAUUCACUUUUCGCAAUAAUGUAAAAAUCUGUUUAAAUUGCCAACUCUUCACUUCUAUGAUCAAUAUUUUUUUUGUGUUUAAAUCUAGGCUUCUAAUGAGAGAAGCAAGGUUGUUUACAGUCAAUCUGAAUGUCUCUUUUAGAUCGACUCCAUUAUCUGCUAACGGGUUUGCUAAUUCACUUGCCAGGACAGGGUGCUACUGUAGAACUAGAAUGAUGGGGGAUCCAUGGGUGGAGGUCAAACUGUAAUAUUUUGAACAAUCUGAACAUUCUUUUACCUACUGAUAUUUAGAAAUAGCCUGGCUAGAGAAAUGGUGGUCGCUGUUUAGUUGUGGAUUUGAGGGGCAAAAUGAAUCUUUGGCUGCAUGAUGCUGAAGAAUAGACCUGCAAAUUAAGAAGCCCAUUUGGUUUGCAGGAAUAGGGGUCCGGAAUUGCAAUCAGAAUGGCCCACUCCGAUUCCAGGCGUUUGGUUGGGCGGAAUCGGAAUCCUAUUCCCAUUCCAGGUGGAAUGGAAAUCCCCCAUUUGAGGGAAUGGCCAUCCCCGACAAGAAGUUUCUAACUCAGUCUCAAGCAAGAAGACUAAGAGAUGAGAAAAGGUUAUGUAAUAGCUAUGUUCUCUGGCCCAAUUGGAGUGGGAGACUCUUUGAGGGCUGAGGUGUUAGCAGCUUUGGAAGGGGUACAAAGGGCCAAAGACCUUGGGUAAAGAGAAAGUUCAAAUGGCUGAUCAAGGAUAUGGAAGUCCAGUGUACUUGGGUAAAGAGAAAUGCCAACUCCUUUGUUGAUGGAUUAGCUAGGCAAGGGGUUAAUAGGGUUUCUGGGUUCUGGGCUCAGUUGUAAUUGUUGUUUUUAUCAGUUUGGGUGCAUUCCCAUCUUCCGGGGAGCUAAGAUACCUUAGCUCCUUUUCUUUGUAAUUUUAAUUCCAUUUAAUGAUCUGUGGUUAUUGAUUAAAGAAAAGGCCAUUCCCGGCCCACCCCCGGAAUAAAAUCCCAUUCCCACUCUUCAAUAUAAGGAAAGACAAAAUGACAAAAAAACCCCUCAAACUUCUCUAACCGGUUCCAACUUUCUAACCCUCACUCCCCAUCUCUCACUGCCCCCUCAUUUGGCAGUUGAAAUUUGAAAAGUUAAAAGUUGAUCUGAACUGAAACUCCGGCGAUGAUGACAAGUUUUUCCGCUGCAGACCAGACCAGACCACAGCAAAAAAAAUGCAGACAGUGCUCCAUCGCUACAUGUUCUGUUUGCUGCAAUGAGCCGCCUAAUCCUGCAACCCCCAUUUCUCCAGAGAGACCUGUUUGGGCCCUCUUUGUCCAGAGAGACCUGUUUGGUCCCCAGCAAAUCAACGAGUGCUUUUUUUUUGGUUCGAAUCAGCCUUAUUAAGGCUAUUGCACCAAAUUGUUCGUUCAAUAACUGCCCUGUUAGUAUUUUUAUUUGUUUUAGGUUGCAAUUAGUACCUUUGGCCGUUUUUUAUGCUUCUAUAAAUAUGGCCGUUAUUUGGCA